AUGGAUCGUGUGUUAGAAGCUCAAGCGGAGGAUGAAGAGUCUCAGGAGUUAAUAGAGGCAGUGUCACGAGGGAAGAAGAAAGAUCUUAGAAUUUGGGAAUCUGAUGGCAUGCUUAUGCAAGUAAGCCGGAUGUACAUACUGAAUAUUGCAGAACUAAAGAAAGAUAUCCUUGAUGAUGCGCACAUAUCGGCGUAUGUGAUGCAUCCUAGGAGUACCAAGAUGUAUCACACUAUUAAAGCUUUCUACUAUUGUCCAGGCAUGAAAAGGGAGAUUGCUGAAUAUACAGACGGGCAAUCCGAUAGGACUAUCCAGACAUUAGAAGAUAUGCUGAGAUCAUCGGUACUACAGUUUGGUGACGUUUGGCAUAAGCGUUUGGAUUUGAUGGAGUUUGCUUAUAAUAAUAGCUACCAUUAUAGCGUCGGGAUGUCACCUUUCGAGGCAUUAUAUGGUAAAUCUUGCCGUACUCCUCUUUGUUGGUCAGAAGUUGGUGAAAAAGCAUUAGUGGGGCCAAAGAUUGUAAAGAAGACUACUCAGAAUAUUCAGUUAUCCCCAUGGAAAGGCAUAGUACAGUUUGGUAAGAAAGAAUUGGCUAAGGUGCACAAUGUUUUUCAUGUAUCUAUGCUUCGCCAUUAUGUUGCUGAUCCAUCACACAUAUUACCUCCUCAGCUGUUAGAAAUUAAUCCAGAUUUAACAUAUGACGAGGAGCCAGUGAUGAUUUUGGAUUGGAAGGAUAAGGUUAUGAGGAACAAAACUGUUUGA